AAAGCAGGCCACAUAAGAGCCCAUCCUCCCUAACUUAGCACCACCACCACUCUGCUCCUCCAACCGUUACUUCCCACCUUGUCACCCAAUGUAAAAACUACUACCUGCAAGAGAAUCUAGUAGUACGUCUCCAAAUCCUAUCUCCUCUCUCUCUCUCUCUCUCUCACACGCACACAAAAAACACCCACUUCUCACGCCCAUGAUUUCGAGUCUCUUUCAACGCUCUCUGUCUCUCUAGAACUACUAUAUAUAUCACUCUCUGGGUCUAUCUGGUAUCCAUGAAACGGGAGGCCAUGACAGAGUCCAUAGAGAUCCCAGACUGCUACUACCCAAGAGAGCCCACCUUGGUGAGGCCAAGCAGCAGCACACCAAGGCACCGCCUCUACCUCUCCAACCUCGAUGAUCAGAAGUUUCUGAGGUUCUCGAUCAAGUACUUGUACUUGUAUAAGAGAUCAGUGGAGGUGGAGGUCUUGAAGGUGUCUCUGUCUAAGGUUUUGGUGGAGUACUACCCUUUUGCAGGGAGACUAAAGAUUAGUGAGCAGGAUGGGGAGAAGCUGGAGGUGGACUGCAAUGGUGAGGGGGCUCUCUUUGCUGAGGGGUAUGUGGAUCUCUCUGUGGCAGAAUUUCUAGAAGGUUCUCGAAGGCCCAACAAGUCUUGGAAGAAGCUCUUACACAGGGUGGAAUCUCAGAGCUUUGUCAGCGUUCCUCCACUUGUUGUUCAGGUGACUCAUCUAAGCUGUGGGGGGAUGAUACUGAGUACCUCCAUCAAUCACUGCCUCUGUGAUGGCAUUGGAUCGGCUCAAUUUCUUCACGCAUGGGCCCAAACCACGGCGAAACCCAAUGCCAAUCUCCCGGUCACCCCCUUCCACGGCCGCUACGCCCUGAAGCCCCGAACGCCACCAUGCAUCCCCUUCUUCCACCCUGAAUUCACCGGACCGCCCGCUGGCGAGCCGGCCAUGGACCUUCUCACCCAAUUCCUCCUAUCUCAGCCUCUAGUCCCCGUGGCCGUGACCUUCUCCGCUUCGCAGAUCCUGCACCUCAAGAAGCAGUGCAUCCCCUCCAUCAAGUGCACCUCCUUCGAAGUCCUGGCUUCUCACGUGUGGCGCGCCUGGAUCAAGUCUCUGGACCCCCCGCCCUCACUUCGUGUCAAGCUCCUCUUCUCCGUCAACGUGCGCAAGAGGCUGAAGCCCGAGCUCCCACGAGGCUACUAUGGCAAUGGUUUCGUGCUUGGGUGCGCGGAGACUUCGGUCGACCAGUUGGUGACAUCCAAUGCACACUACGGUGUGAAACUGGUGCAAGAAGCCAAGGGGAGCCUGGACGAUGAUUACAUUCGGUCCAUGAUCGAUCUGUUGGAGGAGAGGAGGGGAAAACCGGACCUCUCAUCGACCUUGGUCAUCUCGCCAUGGUCGAAGCUUGGAUUGGAGGACUUGGAUUUCGGGGUGGGGAGGCCUCUUCACAUGGGGCCUCUUGCUAGCGAGAUAUAUUGCCUGUUCCUACCUGUGAUCGGAGAUUUGAAUGCCUUCACCAUGCUGGUAUCGGUCCCUCAGAGCAUCGCCGAGCGGUUCGAACAGUAUUGCCUCAAGGGAAUUGGUGGAAGGGAGGAGAAGGAAGAUGGUGGGAAGGAGAUUAAUGGAGGGAGAGGCUAUUAGUGCUUCAUCUUGUGUUUUAUGUCCUUUCCCUCCCUCUAUAAUAUUUAAAAUUCAGUUAUUACCGCUAUAGGACCGAAAGAGGCGCAUCCGAAUUUAUCUGGCUUAUGAGUCAUCUCGGCAUAAAUACAAAACAUGAAAUCGACCAUACACUGGUCGCACCCAUUUGGACCUAUUUUAUUAAAGUAUCUAAAAGAGGUCUGUAAGGCUAUACAAAUUGAAUGUACAUCUCUUCUUCAUCCUUACCGUAUGUAAUUUAUCUUUUAUGGUUUUGCGGUUACCUUUUUAUCGUUAUAUAUAUAUUUUACGCUAA